AUGCGCCACUUCGACACCUGGGUCGUUCGCGACCCCUAUUCCAUCUGGCAUUACUAUUCGACCGGGCAACGAUGGCAAGACACCGUCCAGUCCCUCGUCCAAGACCGCAAGAUCUGUUCACCACCCAAGCCCAAUGAACCGCCAAUCAACCCCAAGCAACCCAUCAACCCCCAGUGCACCAGCACCCUCCAUCGCCUCCCCCCAGAAAUCCGCCAAAUGAUCUUCAGUUAUGUCUUUGGCUCCAACACCAUCCACCUCGUAACCAUCAAAAACAAAAUUCGCCACGUCCGCUGCCCUGAAGACAAUCCCUCCCUAUCCCAACACCGCCACUGCUGCCCAUUAACCCCAGCCCGGUGGCGCAUCUACGACGGCCGAGUCCCAGGCCACUCGGACCGACUCUUAUACCCGCACACCCACGAUCUCCUCCCCGAAAACCUAAGCAACAGCCACGCCGCCCUCCUCCGCAGCUGCCAAGCCAUCUACGCCGAAUCCUCCGCUCUACUCUACAACAACGCCACAUUCGACGUAGACGAUCUCCACACCUUCAUCGCCUUCACACAAAGCAUCGGCAAAAGACAUCUCGCCUCCAUCCGACGUCUAACCGUGCAAUGGAUGCCAGUCUGGCAACCACUCUCCGGCCAAGAUCAUAAAGGCUCCAUCUACGCGCAUACGCACAGCGAUGCACUCUGGAUCCAAUUCUGGGAUACCGUCGCGCAAUUGCCGAAUCUGUCCGAACUCAAGCUGAGUAUUGACCUAGGCCGGUUCACGGGCAUGGUCUCGGGUGGUGGGGUGGUGGUGGUUGCAGGGGGACAGCAGCGGAUUCCGCUUGUACUGACGGAGCCGUGGUUGUUGCCGUUGUUGAAGGUGCGGGGGCUAAAGGAGUUUGAGAUGGCGGUGACGGCGCGGUGUGAUUCUGCGGCGAAGGGGGCUCUUGAGGGUGAUCUGGUUAGGGAUGCGGCCUUGUUGAGGGAUCAGUUGAGGUGUGUGAUGUGUUCACCCGUUGGAGUAGCCUUGGAGGAGAUUGAAGGAUUGGGGGUGAAGGAUUUUGCGGGGGCCUUGAAGGCAUUGAAGAAGACUCCUGUUAGAAAGAGGCAGUUGGCUCUUACUGCUUGA